CCACAUUAAACUAAUCUAUCAGCUUUUUGACAUUGCCUUGAUUCAGAAAGAGAGAGAGAGAGAGGGAGGGAAUGGCACUUGAAGCAGUGGUCUUUCCCGAAGACCCCUUUAAUUAUUAUAAUUGCAAAGAAGUCCAAAGCUUGUUGGGAGAGAGUUGGAGCUUUGACUUUGGUGAUCAAGAGCAGUGUGGGAACAACCAUUUCCUUAGUAUUCCAGAGAGCCAAACAGAAGACCAUGAAUGUAGUGAGUGGAAUCAUCAGCCAAAUGUAUCAUCGACGGCUGUGAUUGACCGGCCGAAGCGGCGUCGGUUCAAGAGCAGGAAGAACAAGAAAGAGAUGGAGAGUCAGAGGAUGGCUCACAUUGCCACCGAGAGGAAUAGAAGAAAGCAGAUGAAUGAGCAUCUCUCUGUUUUACGUUCUCUCAUGCCCGACUCUCACGUCCAAAAGGUUGAUCAAGCAUCAAUUAUAGGAGGGGCCAUCAAUUAUGUCAAAGAGCUAGAGCAACAAUUGCAGCAGCUUGGUGCUCACAAAGAAAUGGAAGGACAAAGUUCAAACUGUGGAGAUAACACCUCCUCUCCUUUCUCUGAAUUCUUCACCUGUCCACAGUACUCGACAAGCCCGGGUCAAGGCAAUGACUCGGUGCCCAUGAACGAGUGGAUGGCCUUCACUCAGUCUGCAAUCGCUGACAUUGAAGCGACCAUGGUGGAGACCCAUGCAAAUCUCAAGGUAAGGUCAAAGAGACGACCCAAGCAGCUGCUGAGGUUGGUUUCUGGGUUGCAGAGUGUGGGACUCACUGUGCUACACCUCAAUGUCACCACAGCUGAAAACUUUGUUCUCUACUGUCUCACUCUCAAGGUUGAAGAUGAUUGCAAGCUGACUUCAGGGGAUGAAAUUGCCGCAGCUGCGAAUCAGAUUUUGAGUAGCAUUCAAGAGUGAGGGAGUCUUUCUUUGAUCUUGAGAACCCUGAAGAUGGAUUUAUGUCUUACUCUCCCUCUCUCUCUCUCUCUCUCUCUCUGAAUUCAAUAUUUCGUUUAUCAGGAGAUGAGAUGCGGAUCUUCUAGAAUCUCAGUCUGUAUCAAGUUGCAGAACUGGCAACUGGCAACUGAUGUCAUUUAGCACACGAUUUCUGUCGAGUCUCUUGAAGUGGUACUCUUGGUUGCUGUUUGGAGGAGAAUAGCCCUUCACAUGAGCAUGUCUUUCCACUAAUGGAAUGCAAAUCCCGCUAUCUGCAA